AUCGCUGAGCUUCACUCCGAAGAGCCGUUUUGCGGGAACUUUGGAGAGGAAGAGCUGUUACUUGCAACCUGCCACUUACGCUCGUAAAGAAAAAUGCCACCUAAGUCCAAGGCAGGUGGGGUGAAGAAAGCGAGAGCUCCACCCAAGAGGAAACUAGCUGAAGAAUUCCCACCUGGAGAAGUCCUUACAGAUAAUGCAAAGAAAAAAUGGAAGCUUGGAUCUGCUGUUGGGCAGGGAGGUUUUGGCCUGCUGUAUCUCGCUAAUGAAGACUCAUCAGGAUCUGUUGGCACUGAUGCACCUUAUGUCAUUAAAGUGGAGCCAAGUGAUAAUGGACCUCUCUUCUCUGAACUGAAGUUCUACAUGCGAGCUGCCAAACCUGAUCUAAUUGGGGCUUGGAUGAAGUCAAGGAAAAUCGACUAUUUGGGAGUUCCAAAAUAUUGGGGCUCAGGUUUUCAUGAGAAAGGUGGUAAGAGGUACAGAUUUAUGGUCAUGGAUCGAUUUGGAACAGAUCUACAGAAGAAAUUUGAGGCAAAUGAUAAGAAAUUUCCAAGGAAACUGGUUCUUCAACUGGGUCUCAGACUUCUUGACAUUCUGGAGUACAUCCAUGACCAUGAAUAUGUGCAUGCAGACAUCAAAGCAUCCAACCUUCUUCUGUCCUACACCAACCCCAAUCAGGUAUAUUUAGUGGAUUAUGGAUUGGCCUAUAGAUACUCUCCUGAAGGUGUGCCAAAGGAAUACAAAGAAGACCCAAAGAGGUGUCAUGACGGGACCAUUGAGUUCACUAGUAUUGAUGCGCACAAAGGAGUUGCCCCUUCAAGAAGAGCAGACCUGGAAAUCAUGGGUUACUGCAUGAUCCAGUGGCUUUGUGGCCGUCUGCCAUGGGAGGACAAACUUCAGGACCCAUUGUAUGUCAAAGACUCCAAACUCAGGUGUAGAGACAAUAUUGAUGAGUUUUUGAAAAGCUGUUUCACUUCCGAAAAUAAACCAGAGGAAAUGGGGAAGUUCAUGCAAGAGGUCAAGGCUCUCGGAUACACAGACAAGCCAGAUUAUGCAAAAUUGCGAGGUAUUUUGCAGCAAGGCCUGAAGACCAUCGGGGUGACAGAUGACAAAAAGCUGGACUUCACCAUGUCAACUAACGGCAUGGGCCCGCCCUCUGUCAAGACUUCCAAGCGAAAGAAAGCAGAGGAAAAAGGCCAGUCUGCUGAUGAAACCGAAGACGCCCCUGCAAAGAAGAGGCGAGCUCCACAGAAAAAGGACGUGAAUGGAGCUAAAAAGGCGGCGACUCCUGCAAAGCGGGCGGCAAAAAAAGAAGCUCAGGCCUCCUCUGAGCCUGCGGUGAAGAAAAGCAGAGGAAGGCCCAAGAAGAACUCUUAAUCCUCUUCGAACUCUAGUUCAAGUUGUUUCCUUUUUCUAUCUUUUAAAUUGUCUGGUCUGUGUUUGUUCCCUGUGGUUUCAUUUUCUUAAACUUUAGCAGGGUGUUGGGCACACUCUCUCGCAACUGAAAUGAUAAUAAAUAAGAGGUAAAAAAAAAAACGA